AUGUUUGACUCCAUGCCCAGCUCGCCGCUCCAUCUGCAGCUCUGUGAUGAGGUUUCGUCGGGCGCGACGCUCUCAACGCUGGCGCUGAAUGUGAGCUUCUCUGCUCGCGCGGACCUUGUGGACAACCCGGACAAAGGCGGGAACAACUUUGCGAAUGCCCUUGCAACUGGUCCACAGCUGGAGCACCUCAGCUGCGAGAAGUUUAACGAAGCGACGCUGGCCAAGAUUCGAGGUCUCUCGUCGCUCGAAGCGACAGACGUCGGCCGGUACGCACGCAACCUCGUCACGGUGCUCUCGCUUCCGCGCCUUGCGGUGCUGAAGAUCACUCGAAACUCCAUGUACGAUGCGGAAGUGGUGUAUUUGUUGCAGCACGUUGCCCGCCUCUCGGAUCUCGAUGCCUCCAAGCACAACGUGGACACGAAGAGCAUCAUUGACAUCCUUUCGACGCUCAAUGUCGCAGGCUACGGUCUGGAGGCGAUCCGACUGCAAGGCUUUUGA